ACUAAUCUUCUUAGAAAUAAGGACGGUUGGUUUUCUAGUGAGACGCAUUUAAAGAUUACGUUGAUCUUGUUUCGCACAACACGUCCGUCGCGUUCUCCAGACAUCUACGAAAGAUACAAUGGAAACUAAAUCCGGUGAAUGGGCUGUAGUUACUUAGAUAGUUCUGAUCUCCUAUUCAUUCAUUAACGAGCCAGCGUCCCUCGUCUUUGCGGGCAGAUUCCAGUGACGUUACAUAAGUUACAGGUGGCCAAAGAUAUUCAACUCGGUGCUAGGGAAAAUGAGAAUGCUCACCUUCCUCCUGGUUGGACUAACAGUCCAUGUGAUCUUCUUCCUCUCUAUCUUUGACAUCUACUUCACCUCUCCCCUGGUCCACGGCAUGACACCCCAGACCACGCCCCUGGCACCCCCUGCAUCCAGGCUGGUGUUAUUGGUGGCCGAUGGUCUCCGAGCAGACAGUCUCUUCACACUCCUCCCGAAUGGCUCGUCCAGGGCCCCGUACUUGAGGAGUGUGAUUGAGGAGAAGGGUACCUGGGGUGUGUCGCACACACGCGUGCCCACUGAGUCCCGUCCCGGUCAUGUUGCUCUUAUCGCUGGCUUCUAUGAGGAUGUUAGUGCUAUUGCUAAAGGAUGGAAGGAGAAUCCUGUAGAGUUUGACUCUGUGUUUAAUGAGACCCGUAACACCUGGUGCUGGGGCAGCCCUGAUAUUCUGCCAAUGUUUGCUAAAGGUGCCAGUGGAGACCAUGUGUAUGCUCACACAUACCCAGCAGAGGAGGAGGACUUUGCCUCCACAGAUGCCUCCAGGCUGGACACCUGGGUGUUCACGCAAGUCAAAUCAUUCUUUCAGUCAGCAAAGUCUAACUCCAGCCUGAUGGCCAAUCUGCUCGAGGAUGAGAACGUCUUCUUCUUGCAUCUGCUGGGCAUCGACACAAACGGACACGCACACCGACCAAUGUCACAGGAGUACCUCGAGAAUAUUGGCCUCGUAGACACGGGUGUAGCUGAACUGGUGUCUAUGGUUGAAGACUUCUUCGGUCAUGAUGGAAGAACGGCGUAUGUGUUCACCUCUGAUCAUGGAAUGACAAACUGGGGUUCACACGGUGCAGGUCAUCCUUCUGAGACACUCACCCCUUUAGUGGCGUGGGGAGCCGGAGUUAACUACGCCCACAAAGUCACCGAAGCCCAACCAUACGAGGAUGGCUUCCUACAAGAUUGGAAACUGGAGCAUCUUCGUAGAGUUGACGUCAAUCAGGCAGACAUCGCUCCCCUCAUGGCUUCUCUCAUUGGUGUCCCGUUUCCUGUUAAUUCAGUUGGUGUGUUACCUCUUCUCUACCUUAACAACAGUGACCACUUCAAGGCGGAAAGCAUCUACACUAAUGCUAUUCAAGUACUAGAGCAGUACAAGAUAAAAAUGACCCAGAAAAAGGAGACAACUUUGUCUUUUCUCUUCACCCCAUAUCAACUUCUCACUGACUCGAAACAAUCCGAAUUCAUCCGCAAGGCUAGAAUCCUGAUGCAGCUGGAGAAGUAUGACGAUGCUAUUUCGCUGUGCCGGUCUCUGAUAGCUCACGCUCUGGAGGGCCUCCUCUACUACCACACUUAUGAUAGGUUCUUCCUGGGUUGCAGUGUUGUGCUGGGAUUUGUAGGCUGGACCUCAUAUGUAGUCCUAGUCAUACUGAAGACUCAUGCCAACCUCAACAGACGCCCCGGUCUCCUCAAACAGAAUCCCAGCCAUGCCUUGGUGAGGCUGUGUGUGUGUGUGACGGUGGUGAUCACUGGGUUCCUGCUUAUCCAAAGGAGCCCCGUUACCUACUACGUUUACUGCCUGCUGCCGGUCCCUUUAUGGUACUCUGUCCUUAAAGAGUCCGGAACUCUGACAGAUUUAAUUCGUUCGGCCCCCUCUCUGCCGCUGUGGAAAUGUUUUGGCUAUUUUGUGCUGGUGUCGUUUGGGAUCGAGCUGCUGGUGGUGAGUUUCUUCCAUCGCGCCAUGCUCACUGUGGGCCUGGUGGUCCUCUCCGUCUGGCCCUUCCUGUGGGGACUUUUUGACAAGGCCAAGUCCCGUUCGUUGAGCUGGUGUCUGGGCUGUCUGUGUUUGGCUGCUUUCCCCUUGAUGCCGGUUGUGGGCAGAGAGCCUAAUAUACAUCUGGUUACCUGUGCAGGUCUACUCACUCUCUUCACUUCUGCCUGUUACCUCUGGUCAUCAAGACGGAGGACAACACUGCACCUGAGUGACAGACAACAGUUUUUCACCCAGAUGCUCCUUGUGGCAGUGUGUGCAUACGUUCCAUCCCUCACACACUCCAGCCUGCAGCAGAAACAGGGCCUGCCACUUUUUAAUCAAAUCAUCAGCUGGACCACAUUAGCAUCUUCUAUGCUGGUUCCAUUGUUGAGCUCGACGCGUCUCUUCCACCGACUCCUCAGCAUAUUCCUCUCUCUCACGGCCACAUACCUACUGCUCAGCACCGGGUCAGAGGCAUUGUUCCCUCCUGUGUUAUCUUGGUUGAUGUUUGUGUGGAUCAACAUUGAACAGGAAGCUAUGCUUGCUCAGGGUGUCUCUAGCAGACAAGAGCUCGCCACAAUUGAUUUCUCCGCAAACAUCGACAUCACCAAGAUCCGACAACUGAAGUUGGAUGACAUCAGGAGAUCCUAUUUUUUUGUAUUUUUUAUAAUAACAGCUUUCUUCGGCACAGGAAACAUAGCUUCCAUCAACAGUUUUGACCCAGCGUCUGUUUAUUGUUUCCUCACCGUCUUCAACCCCUUCAUCAUGGGAGGGCUGAUGAUGUGGAAGGUUAUCAUUCCAUUCAUCAUAGUAAUGUGCACAUUUGAGACCAUCCAAGUUGCAACACAGCUCUCAUCGAGAAGUUUGUUCCUCAUUGUCCUGGUCAUCUCCGACUUGAUGGCUCUGCACUUUUUCUUCCUAGUGCAGGACUACGGCAGCUGGUUGGAUAUUGGAACAAGCAUUAGUCAUUAUGUGAUCGUGAUGUCGAUGACCAUCUUCCUGAUGUUGCUCAGUGUGGUCACACACAUUCUCACCUCACAAAGACUCUAUCUGUGGAGGCCCAAGAUGCACUUCCCCUAAAUAUACGUGUUUGUGUUUGUGUGUGCAUGCACACAUUCUAGUUAAACCAAAUAUGCACUACAUUUGAUAUUUUUAUUUAUAUAGAUAUUUUUGUAUGUAGCGUUUGCCUAUUAAGCCAGAGUUUGUUUGUAUAAAAUAGGAUAUUUGUUUAGCACACUAUAUAGUAUAUAAGUAGUGUGCAAAAGUCUCACGCCACUUGAUUAAAUAGUUUUUGAGUUGCGGAAACCCCCUCUAUUAUACUCCUACCAGUAAAGAUGCUUUAAAACAUCCUCUCUCACCUGUGAUAACUCUGUGACAUAGAUAAUUACUUCAAGUUUACAUUAUUAGAGGAAAUACUGAGUUCUUCUUUUCAACCAUUGUUGUCUUCCUUGUAUUAAUAUAAAACAAACACUUGAGGUCUGAGACUUUUGCACACGACUGUUUGCACUGACACUCAUUCCCUGUUCCAAUAUCAUUGUUUUUACAUUAAUGAUUGAUGAAAUGACUAAGGCCACUUGAAUAUGUAACUCUGCAUCAUACCUUUGCCAAGGGUGCUGAUUUAUGACCCACUAAAGAAAUGUAACUUGAUAACUCUAUUAACAGUAUUUCCAGUGAAGCUGCUUAGAAUAUAUCCUUCUUGAGAAGGAAUAGGGAGUGAUUUUAAUUUAUUGUGACUACUGUAUUUUUGUACCAGUCAAACUGAUGAGGUGGAAUGGAAACUGGAAUUUUUAUAAAGUGACCUGUGUGUUAUAUUUACUGAAACCAUUAACAGGACUACACUUGGUGUCAGUAUAGUGUAUGUGCUCUUUAUUUGUACAUCAGCGAACAGCGCAGCUCUAGGCUGGGCUUAGAAACUCAAGGUGGGAACAUGGAAAGUAAAACUGUCUUGUAAGGUUCUUAAACCACUGCAGACCAGUUGCACUCUGAUAGCCCCAGUAGAGCUUGAGAAGCCAGUAGCCAGCAAUAGGAUUGUGGUUGCAUUUGAAAACUUGUAAAUGUCUGUAUUGUAAAUAAUAACAUUGGGAUGUGGUGCAAAAUGUAGUGUGUUUUUAAUAAAAAGAAAACCAAAAAAACAA